UGAGGUGAUCGUCUACAAGCCAAGAUGAGGAGAUGGUCAUCUACAAGCCAAGGAGAAAGGCCUCAGAGUAAACAACCCUGCUCACACCUUGACCUCCCAACUUAGUCGCUAGAACUAUACAAGUUUGAAAGACCACACAAUAAAUUGUUAACUGAUGUCAUCUCUGGGGAAUGGAACUGAUUCUUUAAAAAAUAUUGGAUAAGAAGCGUGAUUCUGGUCAAGCUCUGUAACUGCCUUGCGCUCAGACGUAAAAUGGAAAGGACCACUUCCGCCUGGCUCCCCCGCCCCGCCCGCUUUCACGACGCCCGGAAGUUCGGCGCAGGACCGGAAGUAGCGCUGGCGGAGUCCGGGGACUGAAGAUAACUCGAAACCGGCGUGGUGGCCCGCUAGAGCUUCACUGUCGCUUGCCAGAUUUAGAAGAGUCGGGAGAGUGGAGUAUUAUCAGGACGUGGAAUCUGGAGAGUGGAAGUGUUAUAAGGACCCUUAGAAGAUCUUCCAAGACCCCAGGUUUGAGUGGUUUGUGGAGGCUCCACAUCACUCCAAACCACGUAUUGAGUAGUGAAUUGAAUAUUAAAUAUUUCUGAGUACAAAUAUUGAAAAAAAUUUGCUUUUGAAAUUAUCGAAUGUCUAGAAGCCUUACAGACUGUGUGGGCAGAGUGCCCUACAUCUUCACCUGUCCCACCUCUUAAUUCUGGCCUUUGUGUGGCAGAUAGUCAAUUUUACCUGACUUCUGCAUGUUGUCAUCUCGUGUACGCCUGGUCCCCACGACAGUCCGCCUAGUCCAUUCCGUGAUCUGUAGUUCUUCUCAUUCCUUCAUGGAUUUGAAGGCUCUCCUGUCCUGCUUGAAUGACUUUGCAUCCCUCUCAUUUGCUGAGAGUUGGGACAAUGUUGGGUUACUGGUGGAACCAAGCCCACCACACACCGUAAGCACGCUCUUCCUGACCAAUGACUUGACAGAGGAAGUGAUGGAGGAGGCGCUGCAGAAGAAGGCGGAUCUCAUUCUCUCCUACCAUCCACCUAUUUUCCGACCCAUGAAGCGCAUCACCUGGAAAACCUGGAAAGAGCGCCUAGUGAUCCGGGCGCUGGAGAACAGAGUCGGGAUCUACUCUCCCCACACAGCCUAUGACGCUGCUCCCCAGGGAGUCAACAACUGGCUGGCUAAAGGACUUGGAGUUUGCACCUCCAGGCCCAUCCAUCCUUCCAAAGCUCCUGACUACCCCACUGAGGGAACACACAGAGUAGAAUUCAGUGUUACCCACACCCAGGACCUGGACAAAGUCAUUUCUGCAGUGAAAGGAAUUGCAGGUGUAUCUGUCACUUCAUUUUCUGCUAGGACGGAUGAUGAGGAAGAAACACGGCUCAGUGUGAACUGCGCUCAGCAGGCUUUGCUGCAGGUGGUGGCUUUCCUUUCCCAGAACAGACAGUUUUAUCAGAAGACUGAAAUUCUGUCUCUGGAGAAGCCUCUGCUUCUACAUACUGGGAUGGGACGAUUAUGCACACUGGAUGAGUCUGUCUCCUUGGCAACCAUGAUUGAGCGAAUCAAAAGACACCUAAAACUGUCUCAUGUUCGCCUUGCUCUUGGAGUAGGGAAGACCUUAGAGUCCCCAGUCAAAGUAGUGGCCCUGUGUGCUGGUUCUGGGAGCAGUGUCCUUCAGGGGACAGAGGCCGACCUUUACCUCACAGGUGAGAUGUCCCAUCAUGAUGUUCUGGAUGCUGCCUCCCAAGGAAUAAAUGUCAUCCUCUGUGAACAUAGCAACACUGAACGAGGCUUUCUCUCUGAUCUUCGAGAUAUGCUGGGUGCUCACUUGGAGAAUAAGAUUAAUAUUAUCCUGUCAGAAAGAGACAGGGACCCUCUUCACGUGGUAUAAUGCAUGCAGGAACAACCAGAUGACAGUCUACACAUCCAGUGGCUCCCAGCUCAAACGCAUAACAUGUAUCAGUGGAGUUGGUAUCCUUCUGAAAGAAUGUCUUAGAAGGUACAUUAUCAUUGCUGGUUUCUUAAUCUGCUUCACCAGAUGUUCUCUAGGUGAUAAGGUUAAAAACUGUAAUGUAAUUACCAUUAAAGAACAAAUAUUAUAAAUAGCAAUUUAAAGAAUAUAUUGUCUAAUAUAUAUUCAUUAUAAACUCUAGGAAAGAUGGACUAAACCUGUUUACUUAACAUUCUUGGGAAAUAGCUCAGGUAAUCAUCUCCUUGGCUUACUUAUAGAUGGGAUGUGUCAUUCUAGAGCUCUCUGUCCUUCAUUAUUUUAAAAAUAUACUUUUCCAAAAAAAUAUAUAUGUGCAUAUAUUUAUACAUACUUUAAAAACUUGGGAUUGAAACACCUAUAUCUAGGUAGUAGCCUCUGGAGGGUGAUAAGGUCUGUCUAUAUGUUCCUGUUCCUAGAUCACUAAUCUCCCACCUAAAUUUCAGAAUCAAGAAUCAGGAUGAGUGGGAGGUUUUUUAUUUUUGGCUGCACUGCUUGGCGUGCAUGAUCUUAGUUCCUCGAUCAGGGAUCGAACCAGUACCCCCUAUAGUGGAAGCACGAAGUCUUAACCACUGGACCUCUGGGGAAGUUCCUCAGGAUGAGUUUUAUUUUUUGUUUUAAAUAUACAUGAUGAUUUUUCAUGUAAUUAUUGCUUUAUUGCUUUUUAGGUAAUUCACCUGUAAUUUUAUUGGUAAUAGGUAAAGAUGGCUAACUUUCAAAAUAAUACUAGUUUUUACUUAUACAGUAUUAAUUUUGUGCCAGGCACUCCACUAGGUGCUUUGUAAACACUUUCAAUCCUUUAUAAACAAGCAUAUAGGUAUUGUUACUCCCAUUUUACAGAAUGAGAAAACUGAAACAGAGGUUAAGUAGUUUGCCCAAGGCCACAUAGCUAGGAAGUGAUGGAGUUAAGACACAAACUCAGGCAGCCUGGCUCCAGAGCCUACGUGCUUAACUACAGCGUAUCUUAAUACAUUGAUGACAGAACUGAUCUAAGAGGUGUGGAAGAAAUCCUGAAGGGGGAAAAAAUCCAUUUUAACUGUGAUUUUCUCUGGGUGGUAUGAUGAGAGGUUUUUCUUUUGAAUGCUUUUAUACGUAUUUCCAAUUUCUCAACUGAGUAUGUUACUGUGGUAGUGGCAAAAGCAAAUCUUUUAAAAUACUCUUUGUCUAAGAGGAGAAAGCAUAGAAUUUUCUAUUUCUUUUGUAGGAUCCUUUUCCUACCAAUCUUUUAUUUCCUGGAGGAUUUGGGAUCCUAACUUAUAAAUUAUUUUUGGUAGUUCACCUGUAAUACUGAUUCACUACAGAAACAGCCAAUAGGAGUGAGCCUUAUGAAAUGCCCCCCAGUUUGAGUUGGAGGUGGGAAAAUAGCUAAGUGUCAAAAGCCAAUAAAUAGAAAGCUUCAAUGAGAUGGUCAACUCUGUCCAACUAGAGAGAACGAGAUAGCAGCUUUGAGAGACUAUCUUAAUGGUAUUUGCUUCGUUCCUUCAUUCAUUCUUUGCUUUCUGUGUGCUAGACCCAUAGAGACAUGGGGAGGGUAGGACAGAAAGUUGGAUGACGGUUACAAUAAACUCUUAAGAACUAUGAUAACGAUAUGCAUAGGGUUUAUCGGGAAGGUCUUCCAGGGAAAGGGGGUAGAAUUCGGUCAGAAGGGACAGCUUGAACAAAUGCACUAAGUAGAGAAACAGCCCAGCACAGUGACAAAGCCCAAGUAAUUCAUCAUUGUCAGGGGGGACCAAGAAGGGGUACAGGUAUGGUCAGAGGUGACGGUGAGGAAACAGCCUGAGGCCAGGAGCUCUCAAACCCUUUUCUCUUUACAGCACACUUAGGUGUGAUGUGAUUUCAUCUGUAAUAGUGACUCACCAUGGCAAUAAGGAUCUCAUGAAGUAAUUUUAUGUUAAAUCCAGUUUCUUUACUGGCAUGCUAGCAUUUCUAAAUAACUAAAAAUACCCCCAAACACAUCCUGUGCAAGAUUUAUUUUUAGUUUUUAGUUUUUUCUUCCUAUGCAGUUUCUAAAAAAUAAGUACCACUCAAGAUUAUUUACUUCAGCUGUCAAAUUUCCUGAACCGUUAACCUCAACUUGUUGAUUGCUUAGUUGUAUAUAUCAUUGCUUUUCAAACUUUCAUGUGCACCAGAACAUCUAGAGAUUUAGUUAAAAUACAGAUUGAUUCAGAUGCUUGAGUAAGGGCACAAGCAUUUUCUUAAGCUCCCAAGAGAUGCUAAUGCUGCUAUUUUGAGGACCACAUUUUGGGUAGCAGAAGCAAAGAUGCUGAAGUAUUUUUUAUUUUUUUUAAUAAACUUUAUUUUAUUGGCUGCAUUGGGUCUUCGUUGCUGCGCGUGGGCUUUCUCUAGUUGUGGUGAGCGGGGGCUACUCUUCGUUGAGGUGUUCAGGCUUCUCAUUGGUGUGGCUUCUCUUGUUUUGGAGCACAGGCUCUAGGCGUGUGGGCUUCAGUAGUUGCGGCGCAUGGGCUCAAGAGUUGUGGCUCGCGGGCUCUAGAGCACAGGCUCAGUAGUUGUGGCACAUGGGCUUAGCUGCUUCAUGGCAUGUGCGAUCUUCCCAGACCAGGGCUCGAACCCGUGUCCUCUGCAUUGGCAGGCGGAUUCUUAACCACUGCACCACCAGGGAAGCGCCAAUGCUUAAGUAUUUAAGUGACCUAAAUACUUCAGAAGAGUUGAGGCCCAAGUGAUAUAUGCCAAAAUAAUGAAAAUUUGGUAGUGUUUUGUUAUACUCAUGCUUAAAGUUAUAUUUUCCAUAGCACUAGUUAUUUCAGAUUUACUUUAUUCAACACAUUAAUGAUACUGUAAUUUUUAAUGCUGUUAAAACCCCACCAGAUAUUUCACAUCACAUCUUCAUAUUCUCACAACUGCCUAGCACAGAGCCUUCUACAUAGUAAGUUCUCAACAAACAUGAAUUAACAUGGCUUAACAGCAGUUUGAAAAAUUAAAGUGUGGGAGACUCUCCCAAGGGAGAAAUCAAAUAAAUUGCAAACAGCCCAAGAAAGUCAUUUACAUGACUAUUUAUCCCUUGGCUUUUAGGAGACACACAAUCUGUGGUGAGGCAGACUCUCAUGACUCACUGACGUCUCUGACAGCUACUCAGGACUAAGCUGGAAGAGUCACCUCACCUCCUAGAAUGUAGGAAAACACAUUCUGAAAGUGCUACUAGCUCCAGGUUUGAAUUGGCUGGUGGGGGAGGUACAGUUGACCCUUGAACAACAUGGGGUUAGGGGUGCUGACCUUCUGCAUAGUAAAAAAUCCAAGUAUAACACAGCUAGCUCUUCCUAUGUAUGCUCAGUUUCUCUUUAUAAUCUGAGGGUUCAAGCAACCAUGUAGUACUGUAGUAUUUCAUAUUGGAAAAAAUCUGCGUAUAAGUGGACCCAUGCAAUUUGAACCUGUGUUGUUCAAGGGUCAACUGUAGACUUCUAAAGUUUUGUUAGUAAUUUUUUUUAUGUUAAGCAAAAUCUAUGCACCAUCCCUCAAACUUACUGAUUUUUUUAUGAAUGAAAUGUUCACAUAUUAAAAUGACAAACAUGAUGUCACAAGAAAAUUCAGUUUCUGGAGUAUCACAAGAACUCCUUGCCUAAGGAAUUCAGUUUGUAGAGUGUAAAUAUUUGUCCUGCAUCCCCUGUGCCUUUUUUGGCCUAUUUUAGCCAUUUUACUAAGAGAAGCCAGAAAAAUCUUUCAGGGUUUCCGGUCUGCAAUCUUGCCAAAAGCAAGUAACAGGCGAAGUUUGGAGCCUUAGCUGUCAGACUGGUAGAACUUAAGUAGCACUGAUGUUGAAACAAGUUAGUGAAGAACAUAUAAUUCUGCCAAGAUCACCACCAGAACU